GACUGAAGCCCUUUGGAAUUUUGAUCAAAAAGCAAUAUAGGCUUCGAUCCAAUUAAAAAAGUAAUAUUUUCAUAUUUAAGUUUUUAGUGAAAUAAAAAGUUAUAUUCCUCAAGCUCAACUAGGGUCUAUCCCUUAUACCCGUCACACAUGAUUGUAGGUUCAUAACAUACCCGGAUAAAUAUAUAUAUUUUUUUUAAAUAUUAUUCAUCUUCAGCAUUCACCUUUAAUAAUCAAUCCUUCUAUCAACCACAGUGCACAGAGAUCAGUGCUAUCAACUGGCGAUUUGUGCAAGGUCGAGUUGUAAAGUACCACGGCGCACGUAAAAUACACGAAAGUGGUUGACGAGGAGGCAAGCUGACUGAUCCGAAGAUUUGCGAGAACGUUUAAAAUGUAUUAAAUGCAUUAUAAUUUCAUUUUGAACUUGUUAUGUGCCCAUCUCAAUAAUGUCUGAUUUAUUCAAAUCGGCGUUUGGAUUGCUUGGCAGUCAGAGCGAUAGAGGAAGUGAUUUUGUUGGUCAGCAGGUCGAACUCGGCGACACCAAGCUGCGAGUGAGGAGAGUUAUCGCCGAAGGAGGGUUUGCAUUUGUCUUUGUUGCUCAAGAAAACAAUACUGGAAAGGAAUUUGCUCUUAAGAGACUUUUGGCUAAUGAUGAGGAAAAAUCCAAAGAGAUUCUCCAGGAAAUUGCCAUUCUUAAAAGGUUAUCAGGUCACCCAAGCAUCGUCCAGUUCUUCUCUGCUGCAUCCAUCGGGAAGGAUGAUACAGACCAUGGUCAAUCAGAAUACCUUCUUCUGAUGGAGCUGUGUCCUGGAGGACAGCUAGUGGAUGUUAUCAAUCAGCGUUCCAUGCCACUCAGCUGUGAUGAGGUCCUGCAAGCAUUCUACCAGGCAUGCCGUGGUGUGCAGCACAUGCAUAAACAGACGCCUCCAGUCACACAUAGGGAUAUCAAACUUGAGAAUUUUUUGAUUGGUAGUAAGAAGACAUUGAAGCUUUGUGAUUUUGGUAGUGCUACCAGUAAAUCCUACCAUCCUGAUUCAUCAUGGAGCUCACUCAAAAGAACCACAUUAGAAGAUGAGUUGGCUAGACACACUACACCAAUGUACAGACCUCCUGAAAUCUUGGACCUUUAUCAGAACUUUCCAAUUAGUCAUGCCAUGGAUGUAUGGGCAUUAGGAUGUAUGUUGUAUACCAUGUGCUAUAGACAGCAUCCCUUUGAAGACUCAGCAAAGCUUAGAAUAAUCAAUGCAAACUAUGCCAUUCCAGAGGAUGACCAAGAAUACAUGAUUUUACAUGAUCUUAUACGUGCAAUGUUACAAGUAGAUCCACGCAGCAGACCUCCUGUGGAGGUUGUCAUUGCUCAACUUCAGGAAAUUGCAGCUGCUCGAGAGGUGACAUUGAAAGGCCCUUUGAGAUUACUUGAGACCAGUCCAGUCCAAACCACUGCCAGUCCUGCCAAGAAACAACCAGAAAAAGAAGCUGUACCUGAAUCUACCGACUCAGGAGGAAACUUUCUAGGGAUGAUGAAAGGAGCUGGAGGGAAUCUUCUACGGAACCUCAAAGACACCUCCAAUAGGGUUGCACAGACAGUAGCAAGUUACACCAAGUCAGAGCUGGAUAUAUCAUACAUCACCAGUAGGAUCAUUGUUAUGUCGUUUCCUGCCGAGGGCUUAGAGUCCACUUACAAGAAUGGUAUUGAUGAUGUCCGAAGCUUCCUAGAUACCAGGCAUGCUGGCCGUUACCAUGUCUUCAAUCUAUCACAAAGGACGUAUCGACCUAUCAAGUUUGAAAAUAGAGUUUCGGAUUGUGGGUUCCCUGCCAAGAGACCACCAAACCUAGUUCUCCUGUAUCAUGUGUGUAGGAAUAUGUAUCUCUGGAUGCAAAGGGAUCCCAAGAAUGUGUGUGUUGUACAUUGUGUGGAUGGCAAGGCCUCUUCAGCUACGAUAGUCUCUUCCUUCCUUACAUUCUGUCGUCUGUUUAGUACGGUAGAUGUCAGUCUCUAUAUGUUCUCCGUCAAGCGAGGGCCUCCUGGCAUCACACCGUCUCAGAAGAGGUACAUGGAGUAUAUCUGUGGUAUGCUGUCUCCUACUGCCCCUAUCAAACCUCAUCAGAGAGUACUCCUUAUUAGAAGCCUGAGACUCACUCCAGUACCACUCUAUAACAAGAUGAGGAGUGGUUGCCGUCCAUUUUGUGAGGUGUUUCAUGAUGAGGAAAGGAUUCUGUCCACAUCACAAGAGUAUGAGAGGAUGAGGGGUUUUGAGGUCGAGGAUGCUAGUGCAUUCAUCGAUCUAAAUAUCCCUGUGUGUGGUGAUGUUAUGAUUGUAGUUUAUCAUGCCCGGUCAACCUUUGGUGGAAAAGUACAAGGAAAGGUGACUGGUCUGAAAAUGUUCCAGUUUCAGUUCCAUACUGGAUUUAUAGAACCAGGAACUCAAGAGAUUGAUUUCACUAGAUAUGAGCUAGACUUCUUUGAACAGGAUAAGUUUGCUGAGCAUUUCCAUGCCAGUCUGGAGGUAGUGGUCUCAGAGAAAGAUAGACCAUCACAGAAACCUGCUCCUUGGACCACGUUUGAGACUAAGAGACUCACUCCUAAGUAUUGCUUCUCGGGCGAGGAUGAGUGGGACAGUGUCAAAGCUCAGUUUGGUAAGAUGGAUGAGAAAGCCCAGCGAAGAUUAGAGAAGGAGCGAUCUGAGAAACAGUCAUCUGAGAAUAAGCCCAGUGCUCCUCGGCAGGCAUCCCCUCCUCCUCAACAGACCGCUCCUGAAGCUGCUCCUGCAGGUGGACAAACUGACAAGAAACCAUUCUUUCAGACGUUGGAUUGGCAACAGCGUGGUUCUCAAAAGACAGAAGGACAUGUCAAGCUACCAACACAGGAAAAUGAGACUUUGAUCGACGAUGAUGAUGAUAGCGAUGAUGACUUCAAUACUUUCCAAGCUCAACGCAUGAAUGAGAUGACUGCAAACAGUGAGCAAGGUCAGCAGAGCCAGUCACAAGGAGGUAGUGAUGCUAAUUUCUUUCAGUCGGAUCCAAAUGACACAUCCCAGAGCAGCACCACUCAGGAGGAUUUGUUUGCAGAUUUCUCGUCCGCAAUGUCACAGUCCGAACAAACAACCGAUCUCUUGAACAUAGGUGGUGAUAGCACACCUGCAGCCCAGCCAGCAGCAGAGCCAGACCUCAUGGCUCCACCUACCAGAGACCCUACUAAUUUUGAUUUGCUAGUUGACACUACAGCUGAAAUGAACAUUGGGGCAUCUCCAGCCCAGCAGAGCCAAUCGCAGGAUACUUUUGAUCCAUUCAUGCAAGCUAAACCAUCUCAAUCCUCCGCGCCAAAGCAAACCAAAUCUCAAGAUAAGCAGUUUGACAAUAACACGUUUGAUCCAUUUGCUUCACGUCAGACAAGUCAGCAAGCAAUGCCAAAAGCUACACCUAAGCAGGAGAACCAACCAAGUCGAACAGAGGAAAAGGAUGAUUCGUUUGAUCCAUUUGCAUCGUUUGGUCAACCCUCGCCAAGUGCAUCUGGACCUAGCAGUCAGCCAUCUCCUGCCAGUGCUAACAAACCUUUGUUUGAUCCCUUUGGGGCUCAGCCACGUUCAACUCCUUCACCUACACCCGUUUCCACAAGUAAUCUAAGUGCUCCUCAGGGGGGCAUGACAAGGCAGACUCAUAGCAGUGACAACCUUCUUGGGGACUUCGGCAACUUUAGUCAGAAUGGUGGUCCUACAUUGAAACAGAGCAACAGUGGACCAGACCUAAUGUCUGGUUGGAACCAAGGUCCCAGAUCCACUCCCAUGCAGCCUGAACCUAACAGAACUCCCCAGCAUUCUGGCCGUCCCACUCAGUCAGCAAAGGUUGACCCCUUUGCCAGCUUUGGAAACUUCUCAUCCCCCUCCCAGGGGAAACCGAUGGGUGGUGGUCAGGCGAUGGGAGGAGGCCAAGGUAUGGGAGGUGGUCAACCCAGUCCUCAGAAGCAGAGACAGAGCCCAGGUUUUGGCAUGGGUAGGCAGCAACCGAUGAUGUCCCCACAAUCUCCAUCCCACAGGCCAGCUCAGCCCCAGCCAUCACCUCAGAAGACAGCAACACCACCCCCUCAGGCGGCCAAGCCUAACUACUAUGCUGGUGGCUUCUCAUCUAGUGUUAUUGGAGGUAGAGAUGAGAGAGGGAAGAGAGCAGGGGGCUUCAUGACAAGUAAAGCAGCAAAACAAGCCGAUUUUGGUGACCUACUCUCAGACCAGCAGAAGUUCCAGGCCUCUGCCAAGAAGCAUGAACCAAAGACUAUCAAUGAUAUGAAGAGAAAAGAACUAGAAGCUACCACUGAUCCUAAUGUUCUCAAGGUUAGAGACUGGACCAAAGGGAAGGAGAAUAACAUUAGAGCUUUGAUCUGUUCGUUACAUCAAGUAUUAUGGGAUGGCGAAGAGAGAUGGAAACCCGUCGGCAUGCAUCAACUCGUUGAGCACAAUCAGGUUAAGAAAUGGUACAGGAAAGCAGUACUCUCUGCACAUCCUGAUAAACAGACAGGAACACCUUACGAGGAGCUUGCCAAACUGAUCUUCAUGGAGCUCAACGAUGCAUGGUCAGCAUUUGAAGAAUCCGGGUCACAGGCACUCUUCUGAGACACCACCUGAGGUGUUUCCUAAAGUGAUUUUCACAAAUAUUUGUUAUAAGCUACUGGAAAUCAUUAAAUCUGAUUGGCUGAGAGCAAAUUAGAUGGUGAAAAUCACUGACAAAAACUCUUUAUGAAAUGCUCCCAAGGUCACAGUCACUCUAUUGAGACAAUACCUGGGCUACGCAAUACAAAGAUUAGCAAUCAAUGCUUAAUGAACUGACCAAUCAAGAUCAAUGUUACAUGCACUUUUUUUCAAAAUACUGAACAGGAACCAAUCAGAAAUGUUCUUUCAUAUUUGCUUUUCAUCACUAAGCUUUGUGUUACGGGGCUCUGAGGAGUGUUUCAUGAAGCUAAUAUAGACUGAUUUUCACUGACAUAUGUCACAGUCUAUAUAAGAUAUAAGGCACUGGAAAUCAUUGAAUCUGAUUGGCUCAGAGCAAAUUAGUCAGUGAAACCCACCCCUGUAUGUAACAUAGCUGAAGGGAGCUACCAUUUGGUUUAAUGGCUGGUCUUUGGAAGUUUGAAAGACUUUGAAUGGGAUUAAGAGAAUCAACAUUUGUUGAUGCUUCUGUUCUGUGCAAAACCCAGUUCACCAAUAGUCCAAUUGAAUCAAAUAAUGGAGACUUUCGUGACAUCUCAUUUUCAUUGUAUCGCAUGAAUCUCAACAGUGGUUUCAUGUAUCAAUGAAUUUAAGUCCCUUUGAACUAAGAUCUUGGAAUGAGUAGUCUCUUUGGGGUGGUUUACUUUCUGCUAUAAUCAUCUUUAAGUGGCAUAGAAUCAAUUGGCCAUCAAUUGGAAUAGUUUCCAGCCUCAUAAAGUUUAUUGUGUCUGUUGGUGAAUCACUCUUGAAUCUGCAGACAAGAUGAAAAAAGUAUUUCUUACAAACUGCCAGAGUUAUGGGAUCCAGGGAUGGUAAUUCCCAUGAAUUAGGGAGGUUUUAAGGUCCUGGUUGUCUUUGUCAAUUAGGGUUUCAAUAAUGUGUGUGACUAUUCCUUUUCUACCUACUCUCUAAUGUAGCCUCUUGUAACACUAGUACCUAGAGAAUCUAUGAGAUUCUAAGAGAAUCUAUGUUGAAAAUCAUGACAUAAUAUUUACUUCAACAUCAUUAUCCCACAAUCUUUGAGGCUAAUUUAUAUGACCUGACAUGGUGGAUUGAUCAUUAUACCAUAAAACAAGACGUUUCCAAAGUUAUUAAAGCUGACAUUAUUUUAUAUAUGUUUGUAUCAUUUGAAUUAUCUUUUGCAAAAAAUGAAAUUGGAAGAAGGUAUCUGGUUAUGAUCUACUUGAUCUGUCUAAUUCUAGUGGGUUUUUAGGUUACCCUGGUACUGUUGGGAGCCUCUACUCAACAGCAACUUGAAAAAAAUCUGGCGAGUUAUAGUGAGCCAAAAAGUCAUAAUGCUUUUUUCCAAUAACAUCAUUUAACUAUUUUUCUUCAGACAAAGCCACGAAGGUCUGAACAUUGCUAAGUUCUACAUAGGCAUUAAGAUGAGUGUAAAAGGUGGCGCUAUUUGCCACGUUAUAGUUUACAAAUACAGUGUUAAACUCUGAUUAAUAAUUUUGUUAUUUAUUGUUUUGUCAAUUUCCUAUUUAUUGAAUUGUUUUAUAUUCUAAUAUAUUUUAUUGUUUUUAUAACUGCAUAUGCUCCAAAAUUCAAUGUUGAUUAACUUGAAUUUGAUGAAUUUAGAUGUAAAUUAUCCUCUUCCCCCUCCCUCCCUGCCAGUUGGUCUGGAUAAGGACAAAAUAGUAAAAUGUUAAACACCAAAUCAUAGUGGCCCAAGAAGAUUAUAAAUUCUGUUCAUUUCUUGUGGUUAAUUAUGUUCCUUGAUAAAUACUGAUUGUUGAAAACUCCUACUUGAUUCAGGUAAUCUUUCCAUUGAAAUUUCUUGUAGUUCCUGUGAAUUAGGGCAAUACAAUCGACUAGCAAUCAAUUGUCAUUCAAAUUAAUCAUAAUUCCUGCAGUCAGUUGAUUGUUACCUUUCACCUGAAAGUUUGUAUAAUUUGCUAGAUAGUAGAAAUUUAUCUAUUGAUUGUAGCUGUGUAACCAAACUUGGUAUCCUUUGCGAAUAAGUUUCAUGCAAUCCCACAAAGUUUACAUCCAGAUUUCAUAUUUUACUCAUGUGCUCUGUUGGUUAGUGGUAGUGGUUUGUGAAGAGUUUGUAUUUUAUUGAAUUAAUGCAAUAACAAGUAAUCUAUAUAUUGAUGUUUAUUAUUAUUUUUUUUUAAGUUUAAUGAAAUAUUGAUUCAAGUUUGAAAGAUAUGUUUUAGAACAUUAAAGUGGUAAAGAAUUAAUUCAAGUGUAAAAGUUGUGUUGUAGAAAGUUGGUUAAUUGAAUAUUUGUCCCCACCCCCCCCCCUUGAUAUGACUAAAGUUAAAUCCCCUGGAAGUAUUGAGUAUUCUCCAUAUUGAAUAUUUCAUAUUUACUGCAAUAUCAUGUUGAAUGGUCAGUAGAUAGAAGUUAUUUUUAGCAAAAUGCAGAAUUAUUAAUUGAGAACUUGGUUUGUCUUCUUGAGCUCAGUUUGGAUGUUUUGUCAGAAUCAGUCAUAUAACAGUAUUUGAGAAUAUAUCUACAGUGUAAUUACAAUAAUUGAUGUAUUUGACCCACAAAUAUAUUAAUCAAAUUAUAAAGUCAAAUUUAUGUCAGAAUAGUCAAAUAUGUUGACAUUCACCCUCUCCCCUCUCUGUGAUCUCCAACAGACUACUAUUAUAUUUAUAACCCCGACGAUGUCCCCGAUGUUUUCCGUUAUUCUGAGCUAAUAUUUUACAUAAUUAUUGCAUUAUUAGUUCAAAUGUUCUUAUUUAUUAAUAUUUUGACCUCCAUUCUCAAAUAACUAGUUUAAAUGUUCUUUUUGAUAAACUAUUCUGACCUCUGUGUUCCAUAUUCAAAUAUUCUGAUGGUGGUACCGAACGUUGACAGUAUUAUACCCUGCCCAAAAUAGCAAAUUGGUAUCAUGUAUUACAUGUACUUCAUUUGAAAACAAGUUGCAUUAAAAAACACAGAUCGUCAUGUAUUGAUUUAUUGAAAGAAAAAUGAGAGGCAUGACAGAAUCUGAAGUGCAAAGUAGAAAGUGAAAGACAAUUUAGAUUUAUACAUUGUGUUUAGAUUGAUGUACUGUGCAUGUUUCCAAGACUAACAAUGUAUUCAAAUCAUGAGAUUAUCACAUUGGAACCAAAUCUUUCUCGAAUACAUCCCAUGUUAUUUCUGAAAGUUGGGGUCCAUCACUUGGGAAAGAAAUGUAUACCACGAAAGUCUAUGAAUGGCCAGGUUGGUGUUUCAUAAAGCUGUUCGUAAAGUUACGCACAACUUCACGCACGAUUGGAACAUGAUCUUAGGGGGUAAGUGAGCUACAGAGGAAUAGUGUGGCACAAGAAAGGUCACCAGUCUUGCGUAACUUUACGAACAGCUUUAUGAAACACCCACCAGGACCUUUAAUUCAAGGUUUUUUGUUGAAAAUUUGGGCCAGCAAUAUACAAAGGUUGGGCUGUGUAAAUGCGUAGCUGCACUUUUAUGAAAAGGACCUGCAUUUAUUUACAAAAAAGUGGCCUGGCUUUUUGUCCAUAACUAGUAGUGUGAAGGUUUACAUACUCUAUAUUUCUCAUGCUUAUAAUGUGUGUGAGAAUAUAUGAAAAGAAAAUGUGAUUCCCAUGACAUUCCAGUUUAUUUUAGAUGUGAUACGUGUGUCUAAUACAUACUCAUUGCUAUAGACAGAGUAUUUGUGGGUAAUAUUUGUAUGUAUUUUAGUACUAUUGAGGGUUAUUUUUAUGAAAUAGUAACAAAUAAUUAUUGCUGAAUGAAUUGACAGUAUAUUAUAGUGCCCAUGAUAC